GGUUCCAUCUCCAGAUGUUCAGCUCCAUCACAGUUGCCUGGGACAGCAUGGAUGCUAGCUGAUGUGCCAAGAGAUGACAGUGACCCACACAGCUCUCCUGUCCUGCUACCCUAUUGCCAUGUCCACCCUGGUGACAGGACCUGUAUCCUGAGGACUUUACAGGUAUGCUAAGACUGAGAGUGCAGCUUUGUGAUCUUUUCCCAGCAAGACUCAGUUUCCCUUCACUGGGAAGGUCUGGGCGCCUUUUCCAAUGAUGGAGCAGGAUGCGGAGAAGGAGGUGCUGGCCCUUUCUCCCCUCCACAGCAGCCCUGAUACCCCUCUGGGCUCAGUGGAACCCCUUGGCCUGGCAGGAGGGAUCAUACAACCUCUCCAUCCCACAUGCCCCUGUAGCAGAAGGGAGCAUGGUGACCUGCCAGCUCACUAUCAGCUGCUGUAACCAGGGAAAAGGGGAAGGGCAUGCCUUGGGACGUGGUGAUAACCCAGGGGAUGCAGCAGAUGACAAGCCUGCACCCUGCCACAGAGCUGCUCACCAUGGAGGGACCACACCGCCGCUGCCUCCUCCUCCUCCUCCUCUGCCUGCUACCAGCACUGGGCAUCCCAGGCCCACCACCGCCUCUGGAGGAACCUCAGGACCUGCCACCGACACUGUCCAGCACUGCUGACCCCACUGCCCACCUGCUACGUGGUCGCCCCUCAGCCCCAGUGCGGCCCUACAGCCUCUCGCUGUCCCCUGAGGAUUACCGCUACUCCCCCAAGCCCCGGCACCUGCGCCCCGGGCGGCUGCGACGACUCCUGGGCUCAGCCUUCGACCCCUUCUGGAUGGCGACUGAGGAGCCCCGAGGUCGCAACAGCAGCAUCCUCGAGGAGAACCUGGAGUCCAUGAGCAGGGACCUGGCAGAGGGUGCUGGGCGCUAUCGCCGCAAGCUGUGGCGAGAGGUGGAGGGGCUGGAGCUGCCCAGCCUGCUGCCCCCCGGCCCAGGGUUGCCCCCUGAGCUGCGGGGGGUCCUGGCCCGCCGCCUGCGGCAGUGGCUGGUGGAACAGGCUACCUGCCGCCUCACCUCCACCUGGGUCGACCUGGGACCUGUCUUCUGGCCCCGCUGGGUGCGCCACACCGCUUGUGACACCGGACCCCCUGGCUGCUCCUGGCCCCCUGGCAUGACCUGCCGCCCCACACAGCUCACUCACAUCAAGCUGCUGGCCUGGCACUGCUGGGUACCCCAGCACCCUGGCCCACCAAACUGCACCUGGCGACAGAUCCCCUACCCCGUUGUGGCUGCCUGCAAGUGUUCCUGCCGCUGAGGGGGCUGCAGGGGGCUACGGAGGGACCUCCUGGUACUUGUUCUUGCAGCCAAAAAGGCCUGAAAAGGCAAGAG